AUGAGACUCCGCACUCUCCUUCCCGCCGCCUUGCUAGCAGCUACCGCAUAUGCCAUCGACGACCCCUCUGUAGCAGACCCCUCCUCCUCUCCUGAGCCGACGCCUGUUGGUGCCCUGUGGACAGCUUCCUGGGAUUCCACAACUUUAACCCCCUUCACCCUCCACUGCCGCACCACCACAACCUACACAGUCCCCAUUUACACUCUCGCCCAACUCUACCCAGAUCUCAAAGACUUCGCUCCGCAGCUCAAAGUAUUCUACAACAAGCAACUAUACGCCGGCUCGUGGGGCGGCAUUGAUGUGCAUGGCGUGGGGCGUGAGUUGAUCAAGAUGGAAAUGAAGAAUGUCCCCUUUAAAGUGCGCGAGUGGCUGAAGAAGAAUGGAACGCAGAGGCAUUUUAGUGUGCAGGAUGACCAAGUGUUUUUUGCACCAGGCGCAAUCUAUCCCAUUUUGCCGCUUUGGGUCGAUGAUGGAAGUGCUGAUAAAAGUAGUGAUUGUAAAGGCGUUUUUGACGAUUUGGAAAAGUACUCGAACGAGCCGAGGGAUGGGGCAGUUAUUGGGAAAGUGCAGCAUACGAACACCGACGAUAAGGAGGUCAAAUUCACUGUUGAAGCGAUGUUGGUGAAGAAGAAGGUCGGGGAGGGUGAGGAGGCAAGGGAUGAAUUGUAG